AGUGACUUCUCGCGGCUACGCUGCUCUAUGUUAUCCCAUCACGUUCGCGUAUCACUCCGUGUGCGUCGAGUGCGUUGGCUUCGUGCGUGAAGUAAAAGAGCUCGGAGGAAAGCUGAACGUGCACGAGACGAACGUCCAUCACAGCGGGCCAGGAUGCAGGAGUCUCAGCCGAAGAAGGGCAAAAAGGCCAGGAGAAAGCAAAAUGACAGUGAUGAUGAUAUCGAGAAAGUUCUGGCGGAGUUGGCCUUGGAGUAUUCCGGAGAGAAACCAGUUAAGGACAAAGCUGAAAGCAAACCUGAGCCCAGUGAGCAAAAGAUUGAUGACGAAGACAAGAAGAAAAAAGGAAAGAAGGAUAAGAAAAAGGAAAAGGCUGAAAGGAACGAUGUGAAAGCAGAGGAAGCUGACAGUAGUGCAGCAGCCCUGGAAACAAAUAAUGGACAAGACAUGGACGUGGAAGUUGGCACUGUGAAAACAGCGGCGCAAAAAAAGAAGGAGAAGAAGGAGAGGGAGAAGCAGAAGAAACUGGCGCAGAAAAAAGCGGAAGUUACCAAGGAAGGCACGAAAAAGGUAGAGGAUGACGAAGUAAUAAAAGCUGAUGAUAAGAAGAAUGAUAAACCUGUACCUGAAAAGAAGCAAGAUAGCUUGGAGGUCGACGUUGAUGUUGAGCCUGAAGAUGGCAAGAAGAAAAAGAAGAAAGGCGCUAAGGAAGAAGGAGUAGGCGCUAAAGAGAAAGGCAAAGGUCCUGGGAAGAAAACCAUUGCCGCUAUGCAGGAAGCUUUGAGGAAGUUGAAGGAAGAGGAAGAGAGAUUGAAACGCGAAGAGGAAGAAAGGAUGCGACAGGAAGAAUUACGGGAACAGGCGCGACUCGAACAGUUGCGUCUCGAACAGGAACGCAAGGAGAGGAAGAAGUUGAAGGAGAAGCAACGGAAGGAGAGGCUGAAGGCGGAGGGGAAAUUCCUAACGACGAAGCAGAAACAAGACAGAGUCAGGGCGCAAGCUAUGAUCGAGGCGCUCAAAGCACAGGGUCUUGACUUGCCGGAUGUUGGAGAGAAGAAACCCAGGCCAGGAACGCGAAUCAGGCCGAAUAAGUUGAAGCAGCAAGUCAGUGUAGAGAAGAAGGAAGACGAGAAGCUUGAGAAUAAUGAAGCACCUGCGGAUCAAGUGCAGAUGGAAAUUGUGGAUCAGCCAACGGAGGUGAAGGAGAAAAAGGAGGACGACGAUGUUAAGGACUCAUGGGAUGCCGACAGCACUGAGGACGAGCAGGAAGAAGAUAAAUCGGACGAUGCUACCAAGACCCCUGAGAAGACGAAAGAACAGCCGGUUGAGGGAACUCCCGUCAAGGCCGAGUCGGAGAAGAAGGAGUCCUCGGAGAGUGAGAUGGAGAGCGAGAGCGGUAGUGAGUCCGAGUUAGAGGGCGACGAGAGCGACGAGGACAGCGAGGUGGAGGAUAAGCUGCCGGAUGCCGCGCGCAAGAAGGAACGCGUCCGAGAGCGGAUCCAGAAUCGUCGCAUCGAGGCCGAGAAGAAGAAGUCGCUGGAUAAUCUGAGGGCGGCCGUCGUCUGUGUUUUGGGCCACGUGGAUACCGGCAAGACGAAGAUUCUGGACAAACUGAGGAGUACGAAGGUGCAAGAUGGUGAAGCCGGUGGCAUAACUCAGCAGAUCGGUGCGACUAAUGUGCCAAUUGCGGAUAUUCAAAAGUCGACGAAACACGUGAGAGGCUUCGCCGAUAAGAAAUUAAAAAUCCCGGGUCUCCUGAUCAUAGACACGCCCGGUCACGAGUCGUUCAGCAAUCUCAGAAGCAGAGGGUCCUCUCUUUGUGAUAUAGCGAUCUUAGUUGUAGAUAUUACUCACGGGCUAGAACUACAAACGUUAGAGAGUAUCAAUCUGUUGAAAGCGAAGAAAUGUCCCUUCGUGGUCGCCCUCAAUAAAAUCGACAGGUUAUACGAUUGGCAGGCUGCCGAAGAACUGAAUCCUAUGGACGUGCAGGAUAUAGUGAAGAAUCAAGCACCUAAUACUCAGCGGGAAUUCGAAAAGCGGUCGAAAGAGAUCAUUGUACAGUUCGCCGAACAGGGUCUGAACGCGGCGUUGUUUUACGAGAAUCCAGAUCCCAGGAGUUACGUGUCAUUAGUCCCAACCAGUGCCAUAACAGGCGAAGGUAUGGGCAACCUGUUGGCCUUAAUAGUCGACGCUUGUCAAGGCCCUCUGGCCAGGAGACUGAUGUACAGCGAGGAGCUGCAAGCUACCGUAUUGGAAGUCAAAGCAUUGCCGGGACUUGGUACCACGAUAGACUGUAUUCUAGUCAAUGGAAUGCUAAGGGAGGGCGAUACGGUCAUUAUCGCUGGCACGGACGGACCUAUUGUAACGCAAAUUCGCUCGCUUCUUAUGCCGAAGCCGUUGAAGGAAUUCAGAGUUAAGAACGAGUUCAAGGAACAUCGCGAAGUCAAGGCUGCUCAAGGAGUGAAAAUUGCCGCGAAGGAUCUGGAGAAGGCCAUCGCCGGCUUAAAUAUGCAAGUCGCGCAGAAACCAGAUGAGGUGGAAGCGUUGAAGGAAGAGAUAGCCAAGGAGCUGUCGAGCGCCCUUGGAAACAUACGGCUAGCUGAACGAGGAGUUUACGUCCAGGCUUCUACUUUGGGCGCCCUUGAAGCGCUACUGGAUUUCCUGAAGAGCAGCAAGAUACCGUACGCUGGGAUUCGCAUCGGACCGGUCGUCAAGAAGGACGUCAUGAAGGCUUCCAUCAUGCUGGAGCACGACAGCCAGUACGCCACGAUUCUCGCGUUCGACGUGAAGAUCGAGAGGGACGCGCAGGAAUUGGCGGACUCGCUGGGCGUCAAGAUCAUGCAGGCGGACAUUAUUUACCACCUGUUCGACCAAUUCACCGCCUACAGGGAGGAACUGAAGCAGCGCAAGCGGGACGAGUACAAGCACAUCGCCGUGUUCCCGUGCAAGCUGAAGAUCCUGCCGCAGCACGUGUACAACUCGAGGGACCCGAUCGUGAUCGGCGUGAUGGUCGAGGCUGGCAUCGUCAAGGAAGGAACGCCGCUCUGCGUCCCGAGCAAGGACUUCGUCGAAUUAGGCAUGGUGACUAGCAUACAGUACGAUCAAAAAUCCAUGAAAACGGCGAGAAAAGGUCAGGAGGUCUGCAUCAAAAUUGAACCCAUACCGGGCGAAGCGCCGAAAAUGUUCGGCCGCCACUUCGAGGCAAAGGACUUCCUCGUCAGCAAGAUAAGCAGACAGAGCAUAGACGCCUGCAAGGACUACUUCAGGGACGACUUGCUGAAGACCGACUGGCAGCUUAUGGUGGAACUCAAGAAGCUCUUCCAGAUACUCUAGGACACGCUGAUGGUCGCGACGACAUUAUCCAAGGGCCUCCCGUCACUCUAACGGCGACUGCGAGAAGACCGGCCUGCCGGCUUCGACAUCCUAGCGAGGUACACUCGAGAUCAUCGAACGAGCGUUUCCUCGAGCCGUCCCGAUCGAUACACACCGUGACCGUUGUCGUUCCGCAUUGCGCGUCUCGGGACGCUGCAUGCUCUCGAACUCACCCCCGUCUUUCUCUCCCUGAUCGCGAGUCCGCCGCACCUUUCCCGUCCCCCUUCCUUGCCUCGACCAUCCGACCAUCCUUGUCUGGAUCCCGAAGAGCAUGCCACGGAGAACGAGAGGAAGAAGAGGAACGCGAAAGCGAUCUCGGCCUUGAAACCGCCGCCACGCGCUUCGCCUGCCUGAAAGCCCGUUUGGGCGCGAUCAUCGCGCAAUUGCGCCCGGGAUAUUCACGGAAUAGCACGUGGCCGGUGUACCCGCGAGUCUUGCCGGCGAGGACGGCGCGUCGUCGUCGGUCACAUCGGCGAGGAGCUUCUUGGAAAUGGGCGAUCGCGAGAAGAAGAGAGGAGAGCCGGAUGGGAACGUCGCGGGUGGCGACGACGUUGUAGAUACGCUGGAAGAGGAGACAACGAGAUGAUAAAGUGAGAGAUAGAGGGAGAGAAAGAGAGAGAUGGGGAUAAGGGACAGAAGGAGAAGAGACGAAGCAGAGGAAGUAGGAGA